UUUCCUUCUAGGUAUUGCAUAACAUCUGUUUAGCAAUACUCAUUCAGCACACCUGUGCCUAGGUCCAGGUCUUGAGAAUGAUGUUUGGGAGCCUGUUGACUGCAAUGCUCUGUGGGGCAGCAGUGGCCCUCAUCAGCCCAGAUCUGGACCUCUACUGGCAGAUAUGGAAGGACAGACAUGACAAGGUGUACCUGUUUGAGGCUGAAGAGAUGGAACGGAGGCAGAUUUGGGAGAAAAACCUCCAGCUGAUUGCACUACACAACUUGGAAGCGUCCAUGGGGAUGCAUACUUAUGACCUGGGCAUGAACCACAUGGGAGAUAUGACCACAGAAGAGAUUCUUGAUUCCCUGGCUUUGACCCGUGUACCAUCAGAUUUCAAUAGGGGCUCCUCUCCUUUUGUGGGCUCAUCCAGAGCCCCUCUUCCUGACACCGUUGACUGGAGGGAGAAGGGGUUUGUUACUGAAGUCAAGAGCCAGGGAAGGUGUGGUUCCUGCUGGGCCUUCAGUGCUGCUGGGGCCCUGGAGGGCCAGCUGAUGAAGACUCGGGGAAAACUAGUCUCCCUCAGCCCUCAAAACCUGGUUGACUGCUCUUACAAAUAUGGCAACAAAGGCUGUAAUGGAGGAUUCAUGACUCAGGCCUUCCAGUAUGUCAUUGACCAUGGCAUAGAAACGGAUGCCUUCUACCCCUACACUGGCAUGGUGGGGGAGUGCAAAUACAAUGUAGCCUAUUGUGCUGCCAACUGCACCGCCUAUAGGUUCCUGCCUAAGGGUGAUGAAAUGGCACUGAAACGCGCCCUGGCCACUGUUGGCCCAGUCUCUGUGGCCAUUGAUGCUUCCCAGCCACAUUUCCACUUCUACCGCAGCGGUGUUUACCGUGACCCUACUUGCACCCAGAAGGUAAACCAUGGUGUCCUGGCAGUCGGUUAUGGUACACUGAAUGGAGAGGACUACUGGCUAGUGAAGAACAGCUGGGGAAAGAAUUUUGGGGACCAAGGCUACAUUCGCAUGGCACGAAACAAGAACAACCAGUGUGGUAUUGCCCUGUAUGGCUGCUAUCCCCUUAUGUGA